AUGUCUUCUGGAGGAAAGUCUGCUGGUAAAUCUGCCCCUGCCGUAGCUUCUAAGGGCAGCUCAUCUCGUUCAGCAAAGGCAGGUCUUCAGUUCCCCGUCGGUCGUAUUCACCGUUUGCUACGUAAAGGAAACUACGCUCAUAGGGUUGGUUCGGGUGCACCUGUUUACCUAGCUGCUGUACUUGAAUAUCUUGCUGCGGAAAUUCUUGAACUUGCCGGUAACGCUGCUCGCGAUAACAAGAAAUCCAGAAUCAUUCCUCGCCAUCUUCAACUUGCUGUCCGUAACGACGAAGAGUUAAGUAAAUUACUAGGUUCGGUUACUAUCGCUCAGGGUGGUGUGCUCCCCAACAUUCACCAAAAUCUCUUGCCGAAAAAGAAGAAAGGUGUCUCGGAAUCAGAGGCUUAA